AUGGGCUCCAUGUCUGCUUCCAAGGCCUUCCCUCCGGGCAUCCACGUCCCCUCCCUGACGUGGUUCAAGAACGAGGGCACGCAAGACAUCGACUGGGAUGUCCAGACCAAGCACAUCGAGUUCCUCGUGAACUCUGGCCUUCACGGCGUGGUCAUUGCCGGCACAAAUGGCGAGUCUGUGACGUUGACCAACGAGGAGAAGGAGAAGCUCGUGAGGACAGCACGUGAGAUUGCGGUGCGAUGCGGCCGCCCCGACCUCCCCAUCACCAUGGGCUGCGGUGGCCAGUCCACGAGGCACGUCAUUGCCGAGACCCAGCUGGCCAAGGCCGCCGGUGCCGACUUUGCGCUCGUCCUCGUCCCCAGCUACUUCCACUUUGCCAUGAACGAGGAGGCCAUCGUGUCCUUCUUUGAGGAGCUCGCGGACGCCAGUCCCAUCCCCGUCCUGAUCUACAACUUCCCCGGCGUCGUUGCAGGCCUGGACGUCAACUCGGACAUGCUGUCCCGUCUGGGCCGCCACCACAACAUCGUCGGCGUCAAGCUGACCUGCGGUGGCAUCGCCAAGGUCGCCCGCGUGCGCGCCGAGUUCGGCCCGGAGGAGUUCUGCGCCCUGGCCGGCCAGAGCGACUGGCUCGUGCCGGCCAUGGCCGUCGGCAGCACCGGCACCAUCACGGGCGUCGCCAACCUCUUCCCGCGGGUCUGCAUCGAGAUCUUCGACCUCUACCGCGCCAGCAAGGCGGCCGAGGCCGAGGCGCUGCAGCUCGAGCUCGCCAAGAUGGAGUGGGGGUUCGGCAAGGGCGGCAUCAACGGCACCAAGUGGGUGGUCGCCAAGAUCCGGGGCUACUCGCUCGACAGCUGCGACUGCAGGCGGCCGUACCCCAAGUUCGCGGACGAGAAGAAGCAGGCCUGGAUCUACGGCGUUGUCAACCCCCUGGCGGAGCAGGAGGCGAAGCUUGCGAAGCUUGCGAAGCGAUCGGCAUAG